AUGGAGUGGCGGCGUGAGUUUCCUCUUGCUGUACAGAAGGCCCCAGCCCCCAAGGUCUCUGAAUUUAGAGCAGCAAUGGCAGCAGCAGGAGCUCGUCGUCGUGCUGCAGCAGAGCAGCAGCAGCAGCAGCAGCAGCAGCAGCAGCAGCAGCAGGGAGAAGGAAGCAGCAGAGUUGAUGCAACGGCUCCUUCUGCAGCAGCAGCAGCAGCAGGAGAAGACAAAGGAAGAGGAGAGCAUAAGCAGCAACAUGCUGCUGCUGCUGAUGCUGCUGCUGAUGCUGCUGCUGCUGCUGCUGCUGCAGUGAUUUGCUGCUGCUGCGGCGUAGAAGCCCCAGACAUGCUGCUGCUGCAGUGUGAGCAUCUUCUGUGUCUUCCUUGUGCUGCUGCUCUGCUGCAGCAGCAGCAGCAGCAAGACCCCCUGUCUCCUUACAACUGUCUCCGUUGCUGCUGCUGCAGAAAGGAGACAAUUCUAUCAGACAGAGCAGCAGCAACCAUCAGCAUCCCGCAACAUAGAAAAAAAACACAACCAGCAGCAGCAGCAGCAGAAGCAGCAGCAGCAGCAGCAGCAGCAGCAGCAGCAGGAGCAGCAGCAGCAGCAGCUCCAGAACCAGAGCGAGCAGGAGCCUCGCGCGAAGGCCAAACCGCACCCCCCCCACCACCCCGACCACCCCCAGCAGCAGCAGCAGCAGCAGCAGCAGCAGCAGCAGCAGCAGCAGCAGCAGGACCUAAUGAGUAUCCCUUUAUUCCUCUUUCUCUUUCUGAUGCUUCUCACACUCAAUGGCCUUUUGUUUGUUUUCGCAGCAGCAGCAGCAGCAGCAGCAGCAGCAGCAGCAGCAGCAGGACCUAA